AUGUCGGUUUUUUCACUCGAUGUGUCCAAGGAUAAUCCGGUGACCACGGACGACCUUGAUCGGGCAUGCGAAAUCCUCGGAGUCUCCAUCAAAGAUGAGGAAAAGGCAGAGUAUGUCAAUCUCUUGGCCGUAUACCACGAUUCGAUGGCAAAGUUGAUGGCACUUGAAGACUACGUCCCACAAGUUGAUCAUGAGAGGUUUGAAAGGAGGAAUGUCCAUUUUCCUGAGCCCGCGGAUAACCCCUAUGGAGCGUGGGCUUGGAGGUGUGAGAUCUCCGACAAAAAUCCCAAUCCAAAGGCACUCCUUCAUGGCAAGACGGUGGCCCUGAAGGACUGCAUUGCGGUCGAGGGCGUUCCAAUGCUGCUUGGCACCAACUUCUUUUCAGGCUAUACUCCGGGCACUGAUGCCGCUAUUGUCACUCGCAUGUUGAAACAAGGCGCGACCAUCUUGGGCAAGUCAGUUUGUGAAAACCUGUGUCAUUCGGCGACAUCACAUACAGCAUCGACGGGACUCGUGCAUAAUCCCUACGCAAAGGGAUAUGCUUCUGGAGGUUCCUCGUCCGGCUCGGCGGUCUUGGUCUCUCUUGGCCCGGAGAACGGAGGCGUGGACUACGCAAUAGGGGCAGAUCAAGGCGGGAGCAUUAGGGUCCCUGCGGCGUGGUGCGGCAUUGUCGGAUUCAAGCCGACUUUUGGUCUCAUCCCCUGGACCGGCGCCGGCAGUAACGAGCCUACAAAUGACCAUAUGGGACCGAUGACACGAGACGUCCUCAGCAAUGCCCGGCUGCUGAAGGCUAUAGCAGGGACAGACUUUGUGGAUGAUCGGUCAUACGGUGCUCCGGCACCGGACAAGAUUCCAGCCUAUCAUGAGAUUCUCCUCGGACAGCAAAAGCCUCAAGACCUAACAGGUAUGAAGAUCGGUAUUCUGGCCGAGGGUCUCCGCACCCCUAUGCUCGAUCCUAGGGUUAAGGAGUUGUUCCUCGCUGCGGCCGACAAGUUUCGAAGCCUCGGUGCAGAAGUGGAAGAAGUGUCCGUCCCUGCACACACGACGGCCAGUGCGGUUUGGACUGGCAUCUCGAAGCUGGGAGGCUAUGUGAACAAGACACUGGCGCUGGGAGGCCGCAGAGGCUAUCAACUCAACGAUCUCAAUCAGAAGCUCUGGCCGAUGACUCAGGACAAAUGGGACAACGCCAUCCCGUCGACCAAAAACAUCUACCUGAACGGCGUCUAUGCUCAGGACAUGCAGAAAUUCCCGGGCUUGUUUGGGAAAGCAACAAAUCUCUCACUCAAGGCGCGUCAUGGCUACGAUGCAGCACUCGGGGACUGGUCGGCAAUAUCGACAUUUGUUACGGACUCCCAACUCGAAGAGAUGAAGCAGCAGAAGACAUACGACGUCUUGAUCUCACCAACAUUGCCAUUCGUGGCCAAAUCACACCCUGAGCUGGGCAAAUCAGGUGCAACAGGCAACCCAUUGUUGCAGCUACAGAAACAAGUCGGUCUGACCGGAAAUACAGCUCCUUUUAACCAGACCGGCCACCCUGCACUGGCCAUGCCUGUGGGGAUGCUUGAGCCUACCGAGGGACCCCUUGCGGGGACUCCAACCAAACUGCCCGUUAGCAUGCAGAUUGUUGGCAAAUGGUGGGACGAGUUGACCGUGCUCCGAGUAGCAUACGCGUGGGAAACGGCGGCGGGGGGUCCAAACGCCUGGAAAGAGUUCUAG